GCACGAUCACGUCCCGACUCGGGUUUAAAAGCUGUGAAUUCCCCUCAGACAAUGUCCUUGAUGAUGUCCCUGAAAGUUUUCCUCGGCGAGCGGCUGGCGGCGGCCGCGGACGAGAUCUUCGGAGCUGUGGAGAAAACAAUAUUCGAGUACAAAGAGGAGAUUUCUCGCUCGAAAGAUCUGGAGAUCAGUCGCCUGAGGAUGCAGCUGAAGCUUCUCAAGUCAGAGCCUGUGGAGGACAGAUGCCUCUCAGCCCAGCUGCAGCAGCACACCCAUCACCUCCAUCCAUCAACCUCUCCUCCUCCUCCUCCUGAGCAGCACCAUCACUCACCCCCUGCAGAGGAGGCCCCCGAGGCCCAUCCCUGCGAGGAGGAGGAGGACGGGGGCCGCAGCCCGGGGGAGCAGGAGCACCCAGAGCCCUCUCAGGUGAAGAAGGAGCAGCACAGGGGCCACAGAGAUUUCUGGAUCGCUCACGACGAGGAGCAGCUGGACGGCCUGGAGUCAGACAUUAAAGAUUUCAUCUCGUCCCCUGCCAGCCUCAAAGCCGGCCUGCAGGACCACGCCUUGCCCUUCCACCCCUACCACCACCUGCACCUCCACCACCACCUGCACAACAACGGCAGCGGGGACGAGAGCAAAGACAAACCCUACUGCUGCUCCGUGUGCGAGAAACGCUUCAGCAACUGCUCGCACCUGGCGGCUCACAUCCGGACGCACACGGGCGAGAGGCCGUACAGGUGUGAGAUCUGCAGGAAGACCUUCAUCACCACGAGCGCCCUGAACAGACACCAGACCAUCCACACCGAGGGGAAGCAGUUUGUGUGCAACUUCUGCGGGAAAUCCUUCAAGUGGAUGGAGUCUCUGGGCAGACACACAAGGAGCGUUCACAAGAGGGACAAUGUGCCUGUUUGACCCCGUGCAGCUGGACAAUGGAAGCACACUUGUCCAACAGAUUAGAUACAUUGUCUUUGUGUCAUUGUGUCAUUGUUCAUCCACCAUUCUAGUGUCAAACUCCCAAUAGAUGCAAAGAAAGAAUGAAAUGUCUGUUUUCUAUGUUAGUUUGUGAAUUAUGUUCUGAAAUGUGCAUGGACCUCAUGAAGCCUUGAGCUACUGACCAUUAAAUUAUCUGUGAAUAAA